GCGGGGGCAUUAGGGGGAGGGGGAACUAUCCAUAGAAUGUUUCCGAGAAACUUAUCCUGGACCCUGGUUUCUCCCACAUCUUUCCGGCCGGCAUCGGCUCUUUGGUGUCCGCGCGUGUGCGUGCAGUGAUUGACAGCCGGCAGGCCAAUCGCCUAGUCCUCUCUCGCUCGGGGCGUUGCCCAUCUGGGGCCCCGGCCCGUGAGCUCUGGCCUGCGUGGUUAUGCCCGCGGACCGGCUUCCUCUGUUCCAGAUUCUUCCUGAAGUUCUAACGUGUUGCAGUGAUACAGCCAAAAUGUGGAUGCUUAUCUAUUGAAUACCAAUACAGUGCCCUAUUACAACAGACCAUACCAGAGUCACCCUCCUGUAGAUUAUAGACCUGCAGUGAAGAUGUCUUCCAAUGGAAGAAUACAGAGCUCACCAACCCUGUACUGAGAAUAAGUCAACUGAUGCCCUAGAACUAAACAAAGCCCUGGAACAAUUAGUUUGGUCCCAGUUUACUCAUUGUUUUCAUGGAUUUAAGCCAGGGCUCUUAGCCCGGUUUGAACCUGAGGUAAAAGCAUUGUGGCUUUUCUUGUGGAGAUUCACCAUUUACUCCAAGAAUGCCACCGUGGGACAGUCAAUUAUGAAUAUCCAGUACAAGAAUGAUUUUUCUCAAACUCAGAAAUAUCAGCCACUAAGUAAAAAUCAAAAGUUAUGGUAUGCUAUUUGCACAGUUGGAGGAAGGUGGUUAGAAGAAAGAUGUUAUGAUUUAUUCCGUAACCAUCAUUUAGCAUCAUUCUAUAAAAUCAAACAGUGUACUAAUUUUAUUGUUGGACUUUUGAAAUUAAGUAGUUUGGUUAAUUUCCUGAUUUUCCUUCAAAAAGGAAAGUUUGCUACAUUGACAGAGCGCCUCUUAGGUAUUCGAUCUGUAUUUUCCAAACCCCAAAAUAUUCGAGAAGUUGGCUUUGAGUACAUGAACAGGGAACUUUUAUGGCAUGGUUUUGCAGAAUUUCUGAUCUUUCUCUUACCACUUAUUAAUAUCCAAAAGUUGAAAGCCAAAUUGUCAUCUUGGUGUAUUCCUGUUACAGGGUUCCCAACAAUGAUUGAUACGUUAGCCACACAAGGCAAAGAAUGGUCCCUUUGUGGAGAGUGGCCCACUAUGCCUCAUACCAUAGGUUGUGUCCAUGUAUUUUGUUAUUAUUGUAUUAAAAGCAGCUACUUGUUUGACAUGUACUUCACUUGUCCUAAGUGUGGCACAGAGGUGCAGAGUCUGCAGCCACUGAAGUCAGGGAUUGAAAUGUCAGAAUUGAAUGCUCCUUAGAAACAGAAUCCACCUUCUAUAAGCAAAAUAGGUAAUAUUUAAGAAUGUAUGUCAGAAUCAUAUUUCAAAUCUUUCUAAAGACAUGAUUAAGGACACUAAUCCCUGGAAGUUAUAUUAUAUCAAAUUUAUUAUGUAAAUUCCACUACAUCUUCAAAAUAAAAGUAUCAUCAGUUUGAAAGUAACCAAUUUUUAGAAUUUUUUAAAUCUAUUAGAACUAAGGAUUUAUUUUUGGCUGAUGUUCAAAGUUUUAAUGGUUACUUGCUUACUUUUCUGAAUAACAACUAGUAAGAAUGUUCUUUCCUGAAAAGAAGUUGAGCUAUAAAAUGUUGUUUUGCUUAUUUUACCUUAAUAGCAUGUGGAUGACUUUAUCAUAUCUUUGGGUCACAAGGUCAUAUGUAGAAAUAGAUAGAACUUUUCAGAUCACAGGAUUAUAGAUGGAAUGGCCUUGAGAAGCCAUCUAGACCAGUCCUUUCAAGAUGACUAAGUAACCCCAGGAAAAUUAAGUGACUUUCCUAUGGACACAUAGCCAUAUGAGAAGAGGCAUUUGAACUAGGUCUUAUGACUCCAAAACUAGUGCUCUUUCACUGUAUCACACUGCCUCAUAGAUCAUCUCAUCUGACCUCCUCAUUUGUAACAGAUAAAGAAACUAAAGGCCCAGAGAGGAACACUGGCUUAUCCCAGAUUAUUAAAGUAAAUAAAUAAUUUGUAAUAAGUAAUACCUAGGAUUUGAACCCAGAUACUCUAAUUCCAGAUCCAGUGCCCUUUCUUCUUCACCACUGGUUGCCAUAGUUUACUCUUGCUAAAUAUUUUGGGUUAUUUACAUUAUUUUUAAAAUCAUGGCACAUUAUAGGCAAUUUCCCAUAAUAUGUAAAAAUCACUUAACUUGGGAGUAAGAAGAGACUAUUUGUAUCAAAUCUAGUUGUGACCACAAAUGACUUAGAGCCUAAAUUUGCUCAUCUGUCAAUUGGAGUGAUCCCUAUAGUACUUACAUUAUAGGAUUAUUACAAGGCUUGUGUGAUAAUGCAUAUACAGUUAGUGCUUCCCUAACAUUAAAGUUCUCUAUAAAGUUUGAUGCCUUUACUAUUAUUCCUCACAACCAGGCUUAAGCCACAUUUGAAAUUGCUUGUCAUCCGUUUCAUACCUUUUUUUAUUAUUAUUCAAACUCGCUUGCUGAUGUUUUAGGAGGUAAAAAUAGUUUGAAAAUGAAGGUUAAUUACAUCUCUAUACUGGUGAUCUCCAAAAUUUUUGAUCAUGUAUCUCUCUCAGGAGAUUAGUUUUGAAUGUGCCCUUAAUACGUGUAUAUUUGUUUAUAAAAUCAUAUGUAAGCUUAUACAAAAAUAGACAUUUUAGAAGUUAUACAAAACCAAAAAAUGAAAAAAUUUGAUUUGUGAACAGUAAAAACAGUCCUCUUUUUUCCUAAUUACUAAAGAUGAUUGUUAAUGAUAUUUUCAUGAAAAAUAUGAUGGAAUAUGCCUCAUUAUUUUGUGAUUACUUUGUGAUAAUGAUUCAGAAGUCUUGGCCUUAAUUUCAGUUUAUUUCAUUUCUUGGUUUAAUGGCUGUCAUAGCGAGAAAGAUACUUCACAAAGGUAUAUAGAUCCAUAUGGAAGAAGUACAUCAUUGGCUUACAAAAUCCCAAUGCUCAUACGUCAAUACCAUACAUUAGUAAUGUAAAGGUUUUAUUAAAAUUCAGCUAAUAAUCUUC